UCUAGUAUUGCUAUGGAAACAUGUAAACUCAUGAGAUCAUCAUGGCACGUUUGGUGAAAUUUCAAAGUCAAAUUCAGCAAGUUAGAGUGGAGUUUUUCAUCAGACAGAGGAUUGCCGAGGAAAACAGAAAGAGAGAGAAUGCAGCUGCAGUUAAAAUACAGAGCUGGAUCAGAGGAUGCCGCGUUCGGGCUUAUGUGAGGUAUCUCAGCAGGAAUGUGGUCAUCAUACAGAAAAUAUGGCGUGGAUUUGCUGCAAGGGCUGUCUUCAGACAGAUGCAAGAGGCGGCAUACUUGGCCAGAAGAAUGAAGUUCUACACUCUAAUGGCUGUCAGGAUCCAGAAAAGGUGGAGGGGUUAUUAUGUGAGGAAAUAUAUACACAAUUAUUACGAGCGGAAGAAAUAUCUGGAGGCUUUAUCCAAGAAGAAUGAGGAUAUAAGGAAGGAGCUGGUGGAGUUUGAGGCGUACCAGCGGAAGGACAGGGAACGUUUGGCGCUGGAGAGAGAGGAGCAGGAGAAAUACCGGCAGGCCCAGAGAUUGCACUUCCUGCUCAGCACCAAACAGUGUCCAGGAGUGUUUAACUCUCCGUUCCGGGAGUCCCCCAGUGAGAUGGAGGCGCGCCUGAGGAGAGUGACCCCAGUGCUGGGGCAGACCGCCGCCCAACAGGCCCGACACAAACUCCGACAGCUGAGGAUCGCCAGGGAACAGCAGAACUCCUCUUUCCUGCCACCCAUUAACGCCAAGAAACCACAGGGGCCCUUCCGUCCGGCGGAGGAGGUGUGGCGGCAGCGACAGCGGCCCCUGAGUCCGACGCUGCGCGUGGCCACAUCCAUCACCGCCCUGGAGGAGGCCAGAGAAGAGCUCAGGAGCCAGGAGCUCAGCGCCCGACUCAUCCACCACCCGUUCUGGCUGUUCGCUAACACCCACAAAAGCAGGAAGUACGAGCCCAUGAUCCACACACGGACCUCCUUCGAGCCGCUGCCGUACGGAACCAAGCACUUCAGGGAAGAGAAGAAACACACUCUGCAGGACAAAGAGAAACAUCACUCAUCCCCACAGCAUGUGACUGGAUUCUUCGAUCAUCAUCCUCAGACUCUCACGCCUGAGAGCUAACAGGCCAUAUAAUGUGAUGUCUGUGAGGAGGUUGGCGUUGCAUACUUCUGAUUUGUCAAGUGUGCUUGCCUCAA